AGAAAGUAAAAAAAAAGGUGUGGAAAAACGACGAGAAAUCUGAAGACAAAUAAAAGGGGAGAAGUAAAUGAAAAUGAAAAAGGAAAAACCCUAGUUUUGAAAAAUUUUAUGGAGGAAUUGCAGAAAGAUUAAGGUUGGUAGCUUUGAUGGAGAGAGAGAGAUGAGAAACUAUGGCGAAACCCGACGAUACUAUGAAGGAAUCAUGGGGGACUUGGGAGGAGCUCUUGUUGGCUUGCGCCGUUAACCGUCAUGGAACUCAUUGCUGGGAAUCUGUCGCUAUGGAAAUACAGAACCGAAGCACAACCACUUCCCUUCAUCUCCUCACGCCUCUGAACUGUAAACACAAGUACCUUGACCUUAAACGCCGUUUCAUUGCCAAAGACGAUAAAGCUUUCGUCGGUGAUGACGAAUCUGAACCCUUCGAUAAUAAGAAAGAUGAGAUUCCGUGGCUCGAAGAAUUGAGAAAACUUCGAGUGGCGGAGCUUAGACGCGAGGUUCAACGUUACGAUGUUUCAAUCGUUUCCCUGCAAUUGAAAGUUAAGAAAUUGAAGGAAGAACGUGAACAGAGCGGAACAGAAAAGGAAAACGACGAACAGAAACCAGAUCUAGAAAUUGAUUCUGACAAAGAAAGAGUCAAAGAGGAGGAGAGGGACGCAAAACCGGAGAAAUCCUCGCCGGAAAACGUCGACGGAGCAUCAGUCCCCGGCGAAGAUUCCGACCGUGAAAGCCAGUCGUUCAACGAGUCUAAUUCGACCGAUCCGAAGGUUCAGAAUCGAGAGAACAUCGUCGAAGAUGCGGAGAAGAAACCUGUACCGGUGGAAUCCGUCGUGGGACGACCUGAUCCGGUUUCCGGUGAAUCGAAACCUGUCGGCGAGGGUUCUUAUCAUGGUAGUUCGGAAACGAUAGCGAAAGGGUCGGCGCCCCAGCCGGUCGGGAACUCACAGGGAGCUAAUACGGCAAGGGAAGCCGGUGAAUCGCCCGAGUUAUGGGAAUCGGUGUCCGAGUCCAAAGGUGGCGGAGAAGGCGGCCAAAAGGAGAGCAGCGACGUGCAAAGCUCGGCGAGCUUAUCAAAGAAAAACCGCCGGAAAAAGACGAUUUCGGGGAGUAGCAGCGGGGAAGAACCUGAGGCUGAUGAGGUUUCUCCCGCCAUCAAAAGGAUUGCUGUUAAAUCACAGCCGUUGAUGACUUUCCUCGAGAUUAUCCGGUCCCACAAAUACGGCUCCGUUUUCGAACGCCGGCUGGAAAGUCAGGAAACUGUCAAGUACAGGAACUUAAUCAGGCAACAUGUGGAUCUCGAGAUGGUUCGAACGAGGUUAGAAGAAGGUCAUUAUUCCGGCUGCAACCGUAAAUUCUUUCGUGAUUUGCUUCUUCUAUUCAACAACGCCAGCGUCUUCUUUCCCAAGAUUUCGCACGAAUGUGUCGCUGCUGUUGCACUUCGGCAGCUAGUUUCUAAGGAGUUGGCUAUCAGAACCCUGAAGCUGGGUCGGCCCAAAGAAGAAGAAGAAGAAGCAGCAGUAGCAGCAGCACCACCACCAGUAGUAGCUCCCGAACCACCUGUUCCACCUCCAGCGAAGGUGGAACCUCCGGAUUCUCAGCUUGCGAAACCCAAUUCCUCUGGUCCGAUCAUCGCCUGCAGAAAGCGGAGUUCGAUCACCACAAAGCCAUCGACUACAGUGAUUGAUAAGAAAGUAGAGCCAAGACCUUCAGCAGUGGCCGACGAGAAGCCAGUUCCUGAUCGGAAACAACCCGGUCCAUUCCCUAAUGUGGUGGAGGAACAGAGCCUCGCGAAGAAGAGGACACGAGAGAGGUCAGGGUUGGGAACUAGGAGCUCUAGAACAGGUGGCAAGAGCCGCACCAAUACUAACAAUACCAACAAGAAUCCAAGCGCGGAUUCAGACCAGAACCAUACCCUUGGUCCAAACUCUGGCUCGGCCGGUAAAGGGUCGGCCCAUGACGAAGAACCCAAGACGGAGAGAAAAAGCAACACCACUACCACGGCAGUUGCCAAGAAACGAAGCGCCGCAAAUUUCUUGAAUAGGAUGAAACGGAAUUCGUCAUCUAAUGGAACGCUACUAGAGACGUUGAAGAACUCAGUGAAUAAUUCUAAUAAUGGCAAAGGUGGUAGUAGUGGAGAAUUGGGGGCGGAGCAGAAGAGAGGUGGCGGCAAGAAUGAUGGGCGUAAGGACCAUGGUGGUCGGCAAAUCUCCGUUGGGAAACAAGCGGCGGAGCAGAGCAGUCCGGCGAAAAGAAGUGUUGGACGACCACCGAAGAGAGCGACUGCGCCAUUGCCGCCGCCUUUGCCUCGGCAAGCUCCAUCGAAACGGGCGAGGGAAGCGGCAGAUACAGAGGUGGUGGCGGCGGCUCCGAGGCAGUCGAGGAAACGAGCAAGGAGGUGAUGGUAUUGAUAGCUGUAUUCUGUAAAUUAUGUAGCGUUUAAAGGUA